UAAAGAGUAAAUGAUUUAUUAGGGGAUAACUAUGCAGUGAUUGAUGUGGCAGGGAAUACCUGUGAUAUCAGAUUAGCUUGUGAAGACGGCGGGUCAGCGAGUUUCAAGUGGUUAUCUGAUAUGUACAUAUGGUUUGGAUAUCUUUGAUACAGGUAUUGGGAGGGGGGGCAGGUGAAGAGAUGACGAGAAAUACAAUGAUAUAUGGAAAGCAUAAAGCUGCUUCCAUACCAGGGAGACCGAAGACCAAGAUCCCAGAAACGAGAUCGGCGUGUGCUAGAGAGGUUCAUGAUGGGUUCAUCGAUAAACACUCCUUAGGGAACCCGCUGAUACUAUUCUCCAUAUAGCAGGAUUGUGGUAGAGACUUACUGUCUCUCUCUAUUCACUGCUU